AUGGGGCUUUAUGUCCAGGACUUUGUACCUAUUGGGAUUCCUAGUAGGAGCAAUGCAAGUACUGAAAUGGAUACGUUUGCUGAUAUCGAGAAAGUAAAUAGCUUGUGGAAGAAAGCUAGUAAAGCAAGAAAUACAUCGUCACUACCAGUAACAUCGAUAAUAAAAUCUACAGUUCGUACAUUUGACCAGAAGACGAUUGCCUUGGGAUUCAUCCGCUCCUAUAAAUGUUCGAACCAUUUGCAAGUAGAGACCAAGUGCAACGAUUGUGUCCCAAGAGAGAGUGUUUAUGAUGCAGAGAUGUACAGAAUCCUGCAUAACUGGCUUGCAAAGAUGUAUGGGUUCGAAAUAACUGGCCAGUGGCAUCUAGAAGAAAUUAGUAGUGAUGGAAACUGGCAUCACCUUUAUUGUGAUCUAACGAUAAAGAGACCCGACAAUCAUCAUCCCUCAGCCAUCCUAGAGCUUAUAGCAACAACUUAUGUCCCGAAAAUUAGGAAGCACUUUGAUCGUGUGCUAAAGUAUGCCGACCAGCUUUGCCCUGAAGAAGUUUGGAUCAUGCAUUUCUCCAGAGAAGAUUUUGUUGUUACUGACCAUAUUGACUGUGCAAAAAGCUUCAGGAAAGGGGAAUAA